AUGUAUUUCUUCCUCCGGAACUUCUCUUUCUUAGAAAUCUCAUUUACAACUGUACGUAUCCCUAGAUUUCUGGGGGCAAUUAUCACCAGGGAUAAAACUAUUUCCUAUAAUAACUGUGCAGCCCAAUUAUUUUUCUCUAUUUUCAUGGGGGUGACUGAAUUUUACCUUCUCACUGUCAUGUCCUACGACCGCUAUGUUGCCAUCUGCAAGCCCCUUCAUUAUACAACCAUUAUGAACAGGAAACUCUGCACCCUCCUGGUGCUGUGUGCCUGGCUGGGAGGGUUUCUGACCAUUUUCCCACCCCUUAUGCUUCUCCUGCAUCUAGAUUACUGUGCUUCCAAUGUCAUUGACCACUUUGCAUAUGACUAUUUUCCCCUUUUACAACUGUCUUGCUCAGAUACAUGGCUCCUAGAAGUAAUCGGUUUUUACUUUGCUUUGCUAACUUUGCUAUUCACUUUGGCAUUAGUGAUUUCAUCUUAUAUGUACAUUACCAGGACCGUUUUCAGAAUCCCAUCUACCAGAGACAAAAAGGCUUUCUCCACUUGUUCCUCUCACAUGAUUGUCAUUUCCAUUCCUUAUGGAAGCUGUAUAUUCAUGUAUGCUAAUCCCUCUGCAAAAGAAAAGGCAUCAUUGAUCAAAGGAGUAGCUAUUCUACUUCUGUUGCUCCCAGGCUAA